CACAGAAUGGCUAAAGCAGCUUUAAGUGGAGGGUGGAUUAUUUUUCCCUUGGUUUGUCUUGUGUUUUCCUCUCUGAAAGAAUGUUGUGGCUGUUCUUUUUUCUUGUGACUGCUAUUCAUGCUGAAUUCUGUCAACCAGAUGCAGAAAAUGCUUUUAAAGUGAGACUUAGUAUCAGAACAGCUCUGGGAGAUAAAGCAUAUGCCUGGGAUACUAAUGAAGAAUAUCUCUUCAAAGCAAUGGUGGCUUUCUCCAUGAGAAAAGUUCUCAAGAGAGAAAAAACAGAUAUUUCCCAUGUCCUACUUUGCAAUGUAACCCAGCGGGUGUCAUUCUGGUUUGUGGUUAUAGAUCCUGUGAAUAACCACACCCUUCCUGCUGAUGAGAUACAGUCAGCAAUAAGAAUGAAUAGGAACCGGAUCAACAAUGCCUUCUCUUUGAAUGACCAGACUCUGGAAUUUUUAAAAAUUCCUUCUACUCUUGCACCACCCACUGACCCAUCUGUGCCCAUCUGGAUUAUUAUAUUUGGUGUGGUAUUUUGUAUUGUCAUAGUUGCAAUCACACUAUUGAUUUUAUCAGGAAUCCGGCAACGUAGAAGGAAGAACAAAGGACCGUCUGAAGUGGAUGACACUGAAGAUAAGUGUGAAAACACCAUCACAAUUGAAAAUGGCAUCCCCUGUGACCCCCUGGACACGAAGGGAUGGCACAUUAAUGACACCUUCAUGACAGAGGAUGAGCGGCUCACCCCUCUUUGAAGGGCUGCUGUUUUGCUUAUCAAGAAACUCAACACAUGCUUCUGUGUAACUGUUGAGCAUCACAAAUGAUCAAGGACAGAUUACAUAUUUUGUUUCACCAUUCUUUUGUAAGAAAUUUUGAAUGUGUGUGAAAAUUAAAGGCAAUCAGUUAUACCCAUGAAAACCAUUGGAAUCAUAAGCUGUUGACUACUUCGAAUAUUCUAAAAUAUUUCCCUGACAACAUAGUGUGUAAGUGUAGUCAUGUGGUAUUUGUAAUCACUGAUUUAAAAAUUCAUCAAUAUUUAAGCAUUUCCAGAAAUAAGGUCAGGCCACUAUAUAUAUUUUAUACUCUGAAGACCUAAGGAAAAAUAUUUUUCCAAUGGAGACUACCCAUAAUAUGGUGUGGAAAUCAUUAUGAAUAUUGUUUAUAUACUCUGUAUAUGACUAAGUAAGCAAGAAUAAAAGUAAUUAAAGUAAUUAUUGUAAAUGGGAUGGAUAAAAAUGGGAGUGUUGAUGAACAAGGUGGAAUUUGAUCCUGUUAUCAUACCAACAGUUGCUUAUGUCUUUUCUAUAAGUCUAAUAGCGCAACUCUAUUUGUUGAGUGUAUCUGCAAUUUGUAAAAGUACAAUCUAUGCUAAUUUAAUA